GCCCGGCUCCGGGUCCCGGCCGCUCCCUGUAGGCUCCGAGCCCGACUGGACUCAAGACAACAGGAGAGAGGAACAUAUUAAAAUGUCGCCUGAAGUUGCCUUGAACAGGAUUUCGCCAGCCCUCUCGCCUUUUAUUUCCAGCGUGGUCAGAAAUGGGAAAGUAGGAUUGGAUGCCACCAAUUGUUUACGGAUUACAGACUUGAAAUCUGGAUGUACAUCCUUGACGCCGGGACCCAGCUGUGAUCGGUUUAAGCUACAUAUACCUUAUGCUGGAGAAACACUCAAAUGGGAUAUAAUUUUCAAUGCUCACUAUCCUGACCUGCCACCAGAUUUUAUCUUUGGAGAAGAUGCUGAAUUUUUGCCAGAUCCUUCUGCCUUGCAUAAUUUAGCCUCUUGGAAUCCCUCAAACCCCGAAUGCCUCCUGCUUGUUGUGAAAGAGCUUGUCCAGCAGUAUCACCAGUUUCAAUGCAGCCGAUUACGUGAGAGCUCUCGCCUCAUGUUUGAGUAUCAGACAUUGCUUGAAGAGCCCCAGUAUGGAGAAAACAUGGAAAUCUAUGCUGGCAAAAAAAACAACUGGACUGGUGAAUUCUCAGCUCGCUUCCUCUUGAAGUUGCCUGUAGAUUUCAGCAAUAUUCCCACAUACCUUCUCAAGGAUGUGAAUGAAGAUCCUGGAGAAGAUGUUGCACUUCUUUCAGUUAGUUUUGAGGAUGCAGAAGCUACUCAAGUUUUUCCUAAGCUAUUUCUCUCCCCACGUAUUGAACAUGCUCUUGGAGGAUCAUCCGCCCUUCACAUCCCAGCCUUUCCUGGUGGAGGUUGUCUUAUCGACUAUGUACCCCAAGUAUGCCAGCUACUAACAAACAAGGUACAGUAUGUUAUUCAGGGAUACCACAAAAGAAGAGAGUAUAUCGCAGCUUUCCUGAGUCAUUUUGGAACUGGUGUGGUGGAAUACGAUGCAGAAGGCUUCACAAAACUCACUCUGUUGCUGAUGUGGAAAGACUUUUGCUUCCUUGUUCACAUUGACCUGCCGCUGUACUUUCCUCGAGACCAACCAACCCUAACAUUUCAGUCAGUCUACCACUUCACCAACAGUGGACAGCUGUACUCCCAAGCGCAGAAGAACUACCCUUACAGCCCACGCUGGGAUGGCAAUGAAAUGGCCAAGAGAGCAAAGGCGUAUUUCAAAACAUUUGUCCCUCAGUUCCAGGAGGCAGCAUUUGCUAAUGGAAAGCUUUAGACAACCCUGGGCAUUGAGGUGAUACCGGACAGGUUCUUCAGCCUGCAUAUAUCAGCUCCCAAGAAUUCCUGGAAGUAAGUUGGGUCAUCUCAAUAGGUGCUUUCUUGCCCCAGAUAUGGGUUUGAUUGCUUCAGUUUUUGUCUGAUUUAUGAAAGACAGACCUCAGCUAGUAAGCUCAAAACCAAGUAUUUGAUAUUCACCCCUAUCCUGUUGCUUCUGYGACUACCACUCCUUCGUGUAUCCACUGGAUUCAUUUUAAAUGUAUCUGUUUAGAUGUGAUACCAUUUUCGUGUGCCAAGGAUGUCCACUAUGUUAUGCCUUGUUUCAGAACUACUUGUCUUCAGAUGGUGUUAAUUGGAUUUUUUUUUUCCACAAAAAUAUUUAGCCUGUUUUGAGCCUUUGUAUAUUUAGUUAAUGUUUCCAGCUUACCCYAAUAACAUUUAAGACUGCCGUGUGUACCAGAAAUGCCUAAUGGACUACAUAGUGCCAUAUUCUGCYGUGAACGAUUGCACCUCAUUGUGGCUGUUGCUCUCACAGGUAUGGAUAUGAGUUGUGCAGUUCAAUUCUCAGUGCCUUUCAAGUUGGUCUGAUAGUAAUAUGGCAAARUUGGGAUUGUUUUUUCUUUUGUUAUAUUUCAGUCGAAAGCUCAUCUUGUAUUAAGUGCUGUGUUUUUAUGCAUUGUUUUUAUUUCCACUUAUACACUUGCAGUGUUUUUCUAAUGAUCUUUCCUUUCUGUUACGAAAAAGUUUAUUGCUUUAGUACCACUGCACAAGGAAGUAGCUAUAUAAAUUAGUAUAACAAAAUAAAGCUCUUCCCUAGACCCUAUUUUUUUUCAAGAUAAAUAUGACCAAGAAGCAAAGUUUUAGCAAAAGAUUGAAUGAUGCUGUAGAAAACAACUGAUAUAAUACAAGGCUAUAGAUGUAUUUAGCUUAAUGGUUAAGUUCAACAUGUCUUUUCAGAAAUUAUUUUAAGUGUAUAUAACUGGAAACAUUACCUCCCCUUAUUCUGAAAUGCCAAAUGCAAAAUCCUGCCUAUUCAUCCUUCCUUUCAUGCUGUGUGUCAGGCGCACCAGACACGGCCAGCUCUCAUGGUGUCACUUCCCAAAUUAAUUUGUAAAUAGACCAGGGUACUUUCCAGUAAGGAAUAAAAUUAACUGUGUAUGUUGUUUAAAAAUGGCAUAUGGAAAAUGUACCAUACUUCUGCUAAAUGUAAGGAACUAAAUGAAUUGUAUGAAGUUGAUACAGCGGCAUUGAAAAAAACAUCCAAUUUGAAAGUAUUCACUCUAUUACUACUAUCUACUUAUAAAAUGAAAUCAAUAAAAUUAAUUGAUUUGCAUUAUUCCCUUAGCCUUUCUGGCAUGUGAGAUAUUUCCUACAACUAGUGCUUUUCUGUGGAAUGUCCACUCAAGAAAUAUAGAUUCUUUGAAUUGAUGCUUAUUAAUUUAAAAAUAUGCAAAUAACUUGACCCUAGAAACCACAGCUAUUUUUAACUAGCUUAUACACAGAAUUUUAGGUUGUGUCUUAUAGUGAAGUUCUUGACUGGAAAUUAAGCUGCAGUCAAAAUCAGAGGCCUUAUUUCAAAUCUGCUGUAAAGGGGACUUGUUCUGCCCUCUGACCUGUCCCCUGUGACUCUGCCUACAUUAUGUGAGGACAGUAAACAUCUCCAGAGAUCUGAGACUGUGUUUUUCUCUAUGAGGAGGCAUCGUGCUGGGCUUCUGUAUGCGAACCGACACCUCUAGCAAGCGUGGAGAGGUUUAAUUUUAUAUGUCUAGUAAAACUGUAACUCAGCAACCUUAGAUGACUAAAACCAGACAUGGUUCCAUAUAUGUGAUGGUCUCAAAUCUGCAUUUCUUCAGGUAAAAGUCACACGUUCAAGCAAAAGCUUACUCUUGUGACUGGGAAGCRAAGAAGAGGGCUAGUGAAAAACAUUUCUUCUCAUAAUGUUCAAAAUCUUAUAGAAACAAUCUCUAGUAUUCUCAAAAUGAAAGAGAGMUCUCAAUAGGUUUCAUGAGUAGAUCCCUGGGAUCUUACAUUUGAUAGCAGCAUUUCACUCAAUGUUGUAGUUACUUUCUCAUGAACUUCUUUACUUAAUUCUUUGUAUUUUUGAUUGUCUGUAAUACAAGUGUCAUCACUUUUUUAAAAUCUUUUCAGCAAUUGCCAUGAUGUUGUAAAAGGCUGGCAACUGCAGAGCAUUUAAAAUGGAAGUCCAUUUUUCAUCAUUCACAUUUUUAACCAAAAAUGCCUUCUUCACUUCAGUCUUAGGAACUCUGGGCAAAAGACUGGGCUGCUUUAUUAAACUCCCAAGUGUUCCAGRAGCUUUGUGAGAAAAGACUUUGAGGAUAGGAAAAGCCCAAACCAACCAUUGGUUGUGUUAAGUGUAAAAGUAAAAACAAACUGUUGGUUUCAGUUUCAAUCUUACCUGACGAGGUGUUCAAUUCUGUCAUACCACUGUCACUAUUUAGCAAAAAUUUAGGCAGAGAGGUUGAGAAACUGUAUUGCUUGUGUUUGAAAUAAAGCCUGCAAGCCUCUCAAUUUUUAGAUUAGAAAAAAAGGCAUUUUUUCUUAAAACGUAAUGAACAGAUUUGUUAUUUCAAAGCCCUCCUGAGCUUUUUGACCUAUCCCUCAUGACAGUUAUAUAUUUAAGCAGGAAAAAUGGGAUAGCAGGAGGAAAGAUAUGGUUAUGAAUGAAUUCUUCUCUUUUAAAGGAAGAUUACAUAUAAAGGCUAAAACAGAAGAUAAAAUUUGAACAAUUUUGACAUUUCAAACAACUUCAAACAAGUGGUUCAAACAAUUUUAUAUCAACUCAAAUAUUUAUUGAAGCAAAUUAAGUUAAACACAAGAGUUGUAAUCUAAUAAGCURAAGUUAAUUCUAGUAUCUCUUUUAUAUGGU